AUGCACUUCGGCGUCUUGAAAGCCUUCGUCAUUGUGACUUUCGUCGCAUACACUUUUACGUCCAUUAGUGCCAACGACGUUGUAUCGAGUGAUAUCAAGACUCGUCCAAGUCGUCGAUUGGGUGUGUUUUCUGGAAUAUCCAAAUUUUUUGGCAUGUCGGGUGACGAUGCAGGUAAAGCAGCCACAAACGUACAAGGCAAAGCUUCGUCCAAGGAACUAGUGACAAGUAUGAGAGCCAUUUACAAGACUGACGAGGAGUUAAAAGAAGGUCUUGGCAAGCUCCUUAAAUUUUCACCGAGGAAAAAAAGAAUACUUCGGCACGUUGCUGCGGCGUUAGGAUUGAGUAUUCUCGGUGGACUCGCAUUGUAUGGGGCCAACGAACUUCCUAUUGGUACCGAAGGUCCACCAUAA